CCAACCAAACCUUUGUGUUCAGAGCUUCAGUAAAGCUAGGUUCCCACUUAACGCUACCCCGCAGCCUCGGCCAAGGCCGGAAGGGAUGGCAAGAACGCCAGAAGGGAGGUGUAGGUUAGAGAACCCCCACCACCAGACUGAAAGCUCGGGAGAGGGGGGGCAGAUUUACACCUCCCUCAGCACAGAAAACAGACCUCAGAGAACCAGAAUUAGCCCUGCUAUGGGUGCAAGGUGACCCCAUUGGUAGCCUUCAACCCCUCUGAUUCCACAACUCCUGGUCACCAUGGAAUUUACACUUGAUGCAGAAAGGCAUGUGGCCCAUCCCUCCCUCUGACUCUUUAGCGAGAUUCCAUGGCCAUACAAUCCUGUGGCUCCAUGUCCCCUCCAUUCCAGGAUCCUCCCUGGCCCCAUGACUGCUUGACCUCCAUGGUUUCAUGACCCCUGACCUUCUAUGUGACCCCUGGACUUUAACAAACCCUGUGGCUGUUCUGCCUAUUUCUUCUGGUGUCUCUGGCCUUGGCUGCCCUUGGGAGUCUUGUUAGUCGGAACUUCCCCAGGAAGAUGUGGGGAAGGCUCUGGCCCCUCCUCUUCAGCAUCCUCACAACAACAGCAGUCCCUGGACCCUCACUGAGAAGACCAUCACGAGAGCUAGAUGCCACCCCACGUAUGACCAUCUCCUACGAAGAGCUCUCUGGAACCCGGCACUUCAAGGGUCGAGCCCAGAACUACUCAACACUGCUGCUGGAGGAGGCGUCUGGGAGGCUGCUGGUGGGGGCUCGAGGCGCCCUGUUCUCUCUCAGUGCCCGUGACAUAGGAGAUGGGGCUCACAAAGAGAUCCACUGGGAGGCCUCCCCAGAGAUGCGGAGCAAGUGCCAUCAAAAAGGGAAAAACAACCAGACGGAGUGUUUCAACCAUGUGCGGUUCCUACAGAGGCUCAAUGCCACCCAUCUCUAUGCAUGCGGGACUCAUGCCUUCCAGCCUCUCUGUGCGGCCAUUGAUGCCGAGGCCUUCACCUUGCCAACCAGCUUUGAGGAGGGAAAGGAGAAGUGUCCUUAUGACCCAGCCAGGGGCUUCACAGGCCUCAUCAUUGAUGGAGGCCUGUACACAGCCACAAGGUAUGAAUUCCGGAGCAUUCCUGACAUCCGCCGGAGCCGCCACCCACACUCUCUGAGAACUGAAGAGGCACCCAUGCACUGGCUCAAUGAUGCUGAGUUUGUGUUCUCCGUGCUGGUGCGGGAGAGCAGGGCCAGUGCUGUGGGUGACGAUGACAAGAUUUACUACUUCUUCAUGGAGCGUGAGGAAGGCUCCAGCAGCUUCACACAGAGCCGCAGCAGCCACCGUGUGGCUCGAGUGGCCCGUGUGUGCAAGGGAGAUCUGGGUGGGAAAAAGAUCCUGCAAAAGAAGUGGACAUCCUUCCUGAAGGCUCGUCUUAUCUGCCACAUUCCACAGUAUGAGACACUUCGUGGGGUCUGCAGCCUGGACACUGAUACCUCAGCCACCACUCACUUCUAUGCAGCCUUCACACUGACUACACAGUGGAAGACCCUGGAGGCUUCAGCCAUCUGCCGCUAUGAUCUUGCCGAGGUGCAGGCUGUCUUCACAGGCCCUUUCAUGGAGUACCAAGAUGGCGUCCGGCGCUGGGGCCGCUAUGAGGGUGGAGUGCCUGAGCCCCGGCCUGGCUCAUGCAUCACAGAUUCAUUGCGCAGCCAAGGCUACAACUCAUCCCAAGACUUGCCAUCUAUGGUCCUGGACUUCGUGAAAUUGCACCCACUGAUGGCUCGGCCUGUGGUGCCCACACGUGGACGACCCCUACUGCUGAAACGCAAUGUACGCUACACACAUCUCAUGGGAACACAUGUCACCACACCUGCUGGACCCACCUAUGACCUGCUUUUUCUGGGAACAGCUGAUGGCUGGAUUCACAAGGCUGUAGUCCUGGGCUCUGGGAUGCACAUUAUUGAAGAGAUACAAGUGUUCAGGGAGCCCCAGUCCGUGGAGAAUCUAGUCAUUUCUCCGACACAGCACAGCCUCUACGUGGGGGCCGCCAGUGGAGUCAUCCAGAUGCCACUGUCCAGCUGCUCCCGCUACCGUUCCUGCUAUGACUGCAUCCUGGCCCGGGACCCCUACUGUGGCUGGGACCCCAACACCCAUGCCUGCAUGAUGGCCACCACCAUAGUGAACAGGUCGGCACUAAUACAGGACAUAGAGAGAGGAAAUCGAGGCUGUGAGGGCAGCAGGGAUACAGGGCCACCACCACCAAUGAAGAACCGCUCUGUGCUCCGAGGUGAUGAUGUCCUCUUGCCCUGUGACCAGCCAUCCAAUCUGGCCCGGGCUUUGUGGCUACUCAAUGGGAGCAAGAGCCUGAGUGAUGGGCACGACAGCUACCGUAUUGGUGUAGAUGGGCUGCUGGUGACAGACACACAGCCCGAGCACAGUGGCAACUAUGGCUGCUAUGCUGAGGAGAAUGGUCUCCGUACACUGCUAGCUUCCUACAGCCUCACAGUCCGGCCUGCCACUCCUGCCCCAGCUCCACAAGCCCCUGCCAUGCCCGGAGCACAGCUGGCACCUGACGGGAGGCUGCUCUAUGUGCUAGCCAUUGCUACACUUGGUGGGCUCUGCCUCAUCCUAGGCUCCUCGCUCUUCUAUGUGGCGUGUCUGAAGGGAGGAAAACGAGGACGCCGAAGGAAGUAUUCACUGGGCCGGGCUGGACGGGCAGGAGGCUCAGCUGUGCAGCUGCAGACAGUCUCGGGCCAGUGUCCUGGAGAGGAAGAUGAGGGCGAUGAUGGGGAAGGGGCUGGGGGCCUGGAGGGCAGCUGCCUCCAGAUCAUCCCUGGGGAGGGAGCCCCAGCCCCACCACCUCCCCCACCGCCACCACCGCCAGCUGAGCUGACCAACGGGCUGGUUGCACUGCCCAGCCGGUUGCGAAGGAUGAACGGCAACAGCUAUGUGCUCCUGAGACAGAGCAACAAUGGAGUCCCAGCAGGACCCUGCUCCUUCGCAGAGGAACUCAGCCGCAUCCUGGAGAAGAGGAAGCACACACAGCUCGUAGAGCAGCUAGACGAGAGCUCCGUCUGAGUCCAGCCUCCCAAACAAAUGCUCUUCCAAGCCAGCCAGUCUGCCCUAGGCUGGGCCACUGCCUCCCCAACACAGCCACUCUCCUUCAUGCUUCCAAAUCCAUGUCCUUCUCCUAACUUUUUGACAUCUCUGUAGUGCUGGCCAGAACCACAGCCAGCCAAAGCCCCCUCCUCAGUCUCCAAGACCCACAUGUGAGCAGCCCAGGCCCAACGGUGCUCCUCAGAGGUAGGUGCUCCCUCAGGACCAGGUGCUCGGCAACCCCAAACCCAGUUCCCAUCCCUUAGCUUAAGCGCUUGGGAGGAGAGGAUUCUGUCCUCUUGUCCCAUAUCUGCCCAACCCUUCCUCUUCUUCCCAGGUAGGGCUUGGCAGGUCCAGAUGGCCUCAAUGUCACCACCCUCUGCACAACUCUAUGUGCUUGGUAGUCCUGAAUUCAGACAAGACCUCUGCCAGUCACCUGAGUCCUGUCUACAUUCACAUGUGCACAUGGAAGAAUGUUUAUCAGCUGGGCUGCAGUGCCCACCCCUUCUCCUGGUGCAUUGGUUCAUCCCUUUUCUAGAUUCGAGGCACUUUCCCAAUUGUCACAUCCCUAUCUAUUCCUUCUCCUCAGUUCCAGCCCCAGUAGUGACCCAUGGUAGGAGCUUGGGAACAAGCUAGCCUGGGAGGUAAGACUGCAUCAUUCCCGGUUUCCACUGUAGUCCCUGUGAGUCAGCCUUCCAUCCCCUUUGAUCACAUGGAAGAGUGCCAGAGCUCUAGGCAAGUCCCUUCCCAUGCACACCUGUAUCAUAUGUGCUUACAUUUCCACCCACAUGCACCUUCUGAGCCUCCCCUUGCUGCCUCAGACCGGUCUGUUGGGUUUGGUCCAUGGACAUUUCAAAGGGAUACUGCCCUCCCCAUUUAGCUGUCCUCACAGACCCUCCCUGGGACAAGUGACCAACAUUGCACUCAAUGAGCCAGCCUCCCUUUUGGGGACCAAGCAUUUGCUUCCCUUAGACCAGAGAAUGGGGAGGCAAUCUGAUUAUUUCACCUGGCACAUGAAGCCCAUUCUCGGAACUAUGCAAAGGGCAGAGGCUGGGAGUUUGGAUGCUUGGCUCCCAACCCUGUCCUACCUCACCAGGGCACUUUCAGGGUCCAGGGGCCUUGAAGUCUCCAGGUCCAUAUGGGACAAUCAAUCCUGACUGAGCUCUCCCAUUCCCCUUGGGUGAGGAUGACUGUUAUUUUUGUAGCUGAGAACAUGGAAUCCCACGGGUUUUUACUGCCCUUCACCCAAACCUCUCCCACCUUCACCCCACAAUGAAUGUGUUUAUUGUGAGAACGGCUGUACUUCUUCAGGAAUGCUGCCACUCAUCACCCUGGGGGGCGGAACAGGCAUGUGAGACUGCGGAGCCUGGACUCAGCUCCGCCUGGCGUUGGCUAAUAAAUGCCCUUUCCCCACA